UUGUAAACAACAUUUGUAGUUUGGUUGUUUUUGGUAAAAUAGUGGAAAUAUAAUCUUGUACUGCGUUUUGGAAAAAUUUAAACUAAAAUGUUAUUAAACUUAAAAACAGAUCAAAGGAGGCAUUUAGAACUAUUACGCCAUCGUGGUUCAGAGGAUGUUGUGGAGCUAUGCAAAGCAGCAUUUGAGUACUUGUCUCUUGGUCCGAAUACUCAACGUUAUCAGUAUCUUGCUGAAAAAUAUUCUACAGAUACAGGUGUGGUACAAAAAGCAGUUGAGGCACUAAUUGCCUUACUCAUUAAUGCCACUAAAGGGAAUGCUAGUGAGUCCGACCUGCAAUGUUUGCAACAGGAGGAAGGCUAUAGUAAUGACGUCAUGCAAGUGUUGUCACAAUUUGUAAGCAGCAAACGACAUUUUAUUGAGGGGUCCAUCAAAACUGCUAAUAUUCGAGCGUAUCGUUUGGUUAAUAUUGAAUGGCGUUUGGAGGUGCGUUUAGCUACACGAAGCCUCUUACGGCAAAGUAGUAUACGAGUAACAAUGAAGUUAUAUUUACACACCGAACCGAAAAAUGAAAACAGAGACCUUCUCGAAGAUGGAGAUCAGGCGAUACAUUCGGAUGAAAGACGAAAUCGCAAGGAUCUGUUGGUGCAAACCGAUUUGAGUAGUUUAGUCCAUAUGAUACAAGUAUUAGAAACAGCUCUUUAUGAAUCGAAGAGCAGACGUAUACGUAACAUCGUUAGUGGAAUUCAUUGAUAAGCAAUUUUAAUAUUACAACUUUAAAACUAUUUUAUUAAAAUUAAAAUCUACUAUAAUAAAUAGACAUAUUUUUA